AGCGCAUGCGCAACAUACGAUCUCAAAGGUUACUGCAUGCAGUGAUCGUGAGAGAUCAGUGAGUGAUACAGGGUAGACGUGGAGAAACUACAGUCUAAAGAUGGAUUCCGCAGCUGCAGAUCAGGCAAAACGACCCCGGAUCGGACAGUCAGCUUUUGCUGCUAUCGAACAGGCCCCACCAGUGGCUGUUUUUAAGCUUAUUGAAGCUUUCAAGGCAGAUCCAUUCCCGAACAAGGUUAAUCUCGGACCUGGGACGUAUCGUACUGAUGAGAGCAAACCAUGGGUCUUACCAGUCGUGAAAAAGGUCGAAGCAGAGAUGGCAGCUGAUAAUACUCUAGAUCAUGAAUAUCUUCCUAUCGCUGGUCUCGCUGAAUUCACCACUGCAGCUACCAAGAUGCUGCUAGGAGCCGACAGUCCAGCCUUAAAGGAAAAUAGGGCAAUGGGAUUUCAAGCUCUGAGUGGAACCGGAUCCCUUCGUCUUGGAUGUGAUUUUCUGUCUAGGAGGGCAAACUAUAAAAUCGUCUAUGUACCUGAUCCAACGUGGCCCAACCAUAAUAGUAUUGCUCAGAAUACAGACAUGGAGGUGCGGAAGUACAGGUAUUACAAGGAGUCUACCAAAGGUCUAGAUCUAGAAGGCAUGCUGGAAGAUCUCAAGGGAGCACCAUCUAAUUCUGUGGUCAUUCUUCAUGGAUGUGCUCAUAACCCGACUGGUGUGGAUGCAACUCAGGAGGACUGGAAACAGAUUGCUGAAGUUGUCAAGAAAACAGGAGCUUUUGUCUUCUUUGACUGCGCCUACAUUGGCUUUGCAACAGGCAGUGUAGCUAAAGAUCGUUGGCCCGUGCAGUACUUUGUGGACCAAGGAUUUGAAUUCUUUGCAGCUCAGUCUUUCUCCAAGAACUUUGGUCUAUACAAUGAGCGUGUAGGAAACCUGACUAUUGUGUUGAACAACCCAGACCCCAAACCUCGCAUCAAGUCACAGCUGGAGAAACUAGCAAGAGCUCUAUGGUCUAAUCCACCCAAUCACGGAGCUCGCAUCGUUGCCAUGGUGCUUAAUAACCCCGCCCUCAAUGAGGAGUGGGAAGGCCACAUUCAAACCAUGUCUAAUCGCAUCAUGGCCAUGAGGGAUCUACUCUACAGCAAGCUGAAGGAGCUCGGUACGCCCGGUACAUGGACCCAUAUCACAAACCAGAUUGGCAUGUUCAGCUACACAGGACUAGGACCCAAGCAAAUGACCUUCUUAAAGGAGAAAUACCACAUCUAUGGGAUGCAGUCUGGCCGUAUCAACAUGUGUGCCGUCACAACAAAGAAUUGCGAGUAUGUUGCCAAGGCAAUCCAUGAGGCCGUAACCACGGUAACCGAGGACCCCAAAUUGUAAGAUGGAAAGAAAAUGUAGGAGUCCACCUUGGAGCCAGUUUAUAUGGCUGAGAGUUUCAUAGUACAGCAUGAAAAAUAUGAAUAAGCAAUGGUAGAAGGUGAAACAAGAAAAAUCUGCUUUGAAGAAAGAUGGGAACAAAUUUGUACCUCUUUGAUUGUUAUUACUACUAUAUAUCUUCCAUUAAUCAAUUGUGAUUUUCACAGCUUUUGGUGUGGUACUUAGUAAUGCAUUCUUUGUGCUUGAGUUGAAGUUAUGUGUGUGAUUCAUUAUGGUUGUGUCAUAGUUUAAAUAUAAUGCCCAGUUGUUGCGGCAUUCUUUACAAUCUAUAAUUGAAUAAACCUUUUCAAAGAAAAGCUGUUUUUGUUAAUCCCGCUCAUUCCUUCUCUCCCCAUCGGUUAAUCUUCUUCUUCUUUUUUGUUUCUCAGUGAUUUUUCUUUCAUCAUUUUCUUUAUAUUCUCAUGUAUAGCAGCUAGGUCUUAUAGACCCAAAACAAAUCAUAUCAAAAGAUUAUGUGUACAAUGGACAUUAUUUGGACAGCCAGCUGCCUUUAUAUAUAUAUAUAUAUACCGGUAUAUAUAUAUCACUGAUUUCUUGUGUGUAUGAUUAUUGAUGAAUUGAGUUUCAGAGGGAUAAUUCAAGAAUAUGUUCUUGUGACAUGGUAUUUUUUGAGACAUUCAAAUGUCCUCAAAUAUUUUCAAAUAUUUUGUUGAAACACGCUUCUCCAUAUCCAUCAUCGUAGUCCUCAGUAUUGCAUAUUUUAUCACUAUAAUGUUACAUGGUAUUUGGUAUUUGGUACAUAUAAGGAUAUAAUAUGAUAUGGUAUUCUGUAACUCCAUGUCCUUACAGUAUUAACAUGUAAGCAUUAAACAGUCAAGCCUGUCUUUUACGGUCACCCAAGGGAAACUGAAAAAAUAAGUUGCCAGUGUAGGUCAGGUGACCUUUCUAGACAAAUUUUACACCACACAUUUCUUACUUGAGGGAGACAGAAAUACAGGGUUGCUAUAGGCAGGUGGUCUUUAUAGAGAGGUAGCCUGCUAAGACACAUUUGACUGUACUAUUGUGUGAUCAGUGGUAUUUCUCAUACAGGUCAUCUUGUUAUAAACCUCUUUAAAGUUACCCAUUUUACAUUAUAUUUUGAAAACUACUGCAAAACUUGAGGGUAUGAUGUUUUUAGAAAUUAUUGUAUCGUGUAGUAUUUACAAGGUCAGUGUAUACCCAAAGAAAAUUAUAUACAUAUAUUGCCAAAAAAAUAAAAAUCUACAUUAACUAUCACAUGAAUAAAAUUGUUAAAUGCAGGGAGCAAUAGAUUUGUAUUUGUUAAUAAUGUUAGUGUGGUGACAUAAAAGUGUGAUACCCUGUAUCUAAAAUAUAUAUCAUUUUGCUUUUGCAGGGGUAAAAUCAUAUGUACUGUAAAGUAUUGUGAUGCAGUCUGAAAUAUAUGAUAUUUUUCAGUAAAUCAUGGUAAUUGACCAUGAUUUGCCCUAUCAUAGUUUGAGUCCCUCUUACGUGAAUCGUAUUCAGCAUAAUUGAUGUGAUAUGAUGAAUGCAAUAAAGGGACAGAUUUUAAUCAAA